CAAGUCUAAGGGAAACUCCAGAGAAACAAGAAUGAAUCCUGCAGAAAAACAAGAUGGCGUAAGAAACUAUAAACAAAUGAUGAGUAAAGGAAUUUUCAGACCAAAGAAAAUGGACUUCACAGAAAGUGAUGAUAGUGAUAUUGAUUCCACAGUGACGCCUAUCAAUCCACCAGAUGACAAUCCACAUGGACAAAUCAUUGAGUCAGACAGUUUGUCAGAUUUCUACCUGAAUGAAGCAAAACAACAUAAACAUCCAAAACAUCAGAGAAAAAAGAGAAACCAUUAUCACUCUGACCAUACUGCUGAUGAAGCUGAAGAUGAGUUCAAUAAAUCUAAAGAAGAAAACAUCAAAGAUAUAUAUAAAGAACUACAAGUUAUCAGUGAUAAGUUAAAGAUGGAAAACAAGAAAAUACACGAAAGAGAAGAAAAAGUGAAAGAAAGAGAAAGAAUUGUGGCCAUCUCAUCAGCCAAUGUAAAAACCAUCACUGAACAUGAAGUUAGAGAGAAACUUAAAGUGAUGGAACAGAAAUACAAAGAAGAGAUAGUGAAGAUAGAAAUACAAUUAAAGGAGAAAAUUAAAGAAAACAGAAGAUUGAAAGACAACUUUGAAACAUUAGUUAAAGCAAAUGAUGCUAUGAAAAAAGAUUUUGAAACAUUACAAAGUCAGCAUGACAAGCUAGAGAAACAAGCUGUUAGUGUUCAAGCCAGACUUACAAACUUACAGAGAAAGCAGGACUUUACAGAAAGACAGAAGGAAGUAGAGCUGGGUAACAUAGCCUUAUCUACUGCUGUACCUAAACAGAAAGGACAACAAAGGGAAAACAGAGUGCAGAAAGAGAAAAAGUUUUCCACCAGUUCCUGUAGUUAUGACAUCAUGGGUAUAUUACUGGACUGGAUCUGUGAUGCACAUCUACGCUACGCUGUAACUGACCAACCAACCAGAGCUAUAGAAAGGUUCUCCUCAACAGAGUACAUACUGGAAAGAGUUUUAAAGAUCUUACCUACCUCAGUUGAUAUGCUGAGAGAAUUCCCUCCAAAUAACUUCAGGAUUAGUCUCCCUUGUUUACAAUUUAUUUACUGGUCCCUUAUCAAUGUAGAGCAAGCUUCAGGCCAACAGAAAUCAAACCUGUCAUCUACACUUAGACGAUUAGGAGAAGAAUUAUACAGAUCUAAAACAGUGAAGUUUAUGGAUGUUAGUAGUGACAAGAGUGACUUCCCCUUGUCACCAACAAAGCUAGACAAAUCAAAAGAUGGCAUCUACUUUAGAAGUUCUAACCAACAUGUCAGGCUCUUGUCCUCUCUCAUUAUACUUAAAACUCUAUCACAAGUUGAUCUGGUUGCCCAUGUAUUUGAUGUUUUGAAGAAUGAUCUGAAGUCAGACGUGUGUAAAGAAUUGUUCCUGUAUUAUCAAGCUACGCCUGUGGUAUUACAGUAUCUAAAACCUAUUAAUAAGGCAUUUAUGGGUGCUGCUAUGGAUAUCUUCCUACAGUUGUCAGCUGACACACCUUUCCAGACUCCAUUCCUAGAGAGCUGUGGUAAUGAGCAGUGGUUUAGAACGGUUGCUAUGGUACUGAGAGCACCUACACAAGACAAUAAAUUAUUGGAAAAACUCAGUAUAAUUCUACAAAAAUUAUCCAAGUUCAAAACCAACAAAAGAUUUUUUGAUGUGUACACCAUAGUUGGUAUUAUCCAGGAGAUAUUACGUGGCUGUUCCACUGACCAAGCGUUCCUGGCAUUGAAUCUCAAGUCUAUACUGUUUAAUCUAACUUCUACUGGAGGAGUACAAUCAUAGCAUUAGUUCUGAUAAUAGAAACACUAUAAAUAGCCACAUGCCCACUUUUACAACAUGUUGUGUACUGAAUGGUUAUCACAUUUUAUUUUCUUUAAAGCAAGGCUUGCAUUUCACAAUCAAUGACGAUAUAAAUACUUUAAUAAAAGUACAAAUCAUAAGAGAUCAUUCUUAAGGAGGCUCGCGGGUGUAAGAUUUUCAGAAAAAAAUUAAACAUUUAAUUUUCAUUACAAAUUUUAUAAAUUACCUUAAGUAGUUGUUACUUUAUCAUAUGGCACAAAAAUCAUUCCAAAAAAUCAAUUCGUGUUGGCCCCAGUUGACUUAUUAAAUGUAGAUAUCAUUGAAAAAGUUCGAAAUUAUCUCCCUUUGGUGCAAAAAUGCUAUUUUUUGGCUUUAACAUUGAAAUAUCUUUUUUUACUCAUCGGUGACCUAUAUCUUUUAUUGUUGUUUUCAAAUAAGCUAUACAUAAACUAAAUAAUUGUAAAAUUUAAGCGAUUUCUGUAAUUAGGUUCUUUUUUUAUUCCUAUAUUACCUCUUUUUCUCUUAUUAGUUCAACAGAAAAAAAGGACAUUUACAAAAAUGUAUGUUUCUUUCGAAGGCAGAUUGUGAGCGUAAAUGAUCGGUGACCCCUCUUUUUUAUUUCAUUUUUCUAUUAGGUAUAAGAUAAAGUUCAUUUAUAGAAAAAAAAUAGCGAAAUCUUAUAUUAAAUUAAAAAAAAUGAUUUUGACCCGCGAGCCCCCUUAAAUGAAAUUUGUCAAACAUAGGCCUUUUCAAUUUGGUAAUUAUUUCACACAAAAAAGUUUUCAAAUGAAUUUUAUUUUCUUUAGUUUAUUGAGAAAUGUUAAUAUAUGCUGAAUGGUCUAUGUAUAAUUUAUCAACCAGCAGUUAUAGUAAAUAAGUAUUGGAGGCAUUUUAGUUUUAGAUCUUAGCUUAAAUGUGAUUUGAAAUAUUAUCAAUAUGAAUUUGAAAGGUUCCUUGCAAUAACAAUUGCUUGAAAGCUUGCGUUAAUAUUUGUCAUAGUGAUAUUUCAUAGAUAGAUUUUAUAUUUUAUUUAUUUGAAUAAAUAAAUCAGUUACUGA